AUGAAUGGCGCCGAUAUGGGAGCGUGGUGUCAGCUGUUCUUCGAUAACCUAGGAACCUUGCUCGGUGUGUUGAUUGCUGUGCAGGAUAUGGAAAACUUUGGCGUUAGUCGGGGAGUUAUCAACGAAACCGUUUUUGGCAAGAUUGUUCCCGGCGUGGGAAUCAGUCUCUUGGUCGGCAACGUCUACUAUUCCUGGCAAGCCAUUCGGCUGACAAAUAAAUUCGGAAGACAGUACACGGCUCAACCCUACGGCAUCAACACUCCUGCCGCCUUUUCCUUUGUCUUCAACAUCAUGUACACGGUUUAUUUCAUCAAAGCCGAUUUUGCCGCUGGAAACAACGACGAAGCAUUUCUGUUGGCCUACAAGGUGGCCUUGGCCGCAAACUUUAUUACAGGUCUCAUUGGGGUCUUUUUGGGCUGUUUUGGGCGUCUCAUUCUCAAAAUCGUCCCUCCCGCUGCCCUGCUGGUUCCCAUUGCGGGGAUUGGGAUUGCGUUUUUGGGGCUCGAGCAGCUUACCGGUACCAUCUCCGCACCCUUGGUGGGAUACAGUACCAUCAUGUGGGUCUUUCUGGGAUGGUACGCCGGAAUCAAGGUCGGCGUGGGUCCGUGGCGCAUCCCAGAAGCCGUCAUGGUUAUCUUGGUGGGAGUGGUUUUGGGCUGGGCAACCGGGCUCAACAAAAAAGAGGAUGUACGCGAGGCUUCCGAUCUCGUCAAAUGGUGGGGUCUCAAGUGGACUGGAACCGAGCUUUUUGAAGACUUUGGUGAAGUCGUUGAUUACCUCGGUAUCGUUAUUCCGAUCGGAAUUAGCGCGUCGUCAAGCACCCUCAUGUGUCUGGUCAGUGCCAAGGAAGCGGGUGAUCCCUUUCCCGUACACGAAACUAUGAUUUCGGAUGGAAUUGGAACAAUGAUUGGAGCCUUUUUUGGCAACCCUUUUGGAGCCGUGAUUUAUAUUGGACACCCAGCUUACAAGCGCUCUGGAGCCCAGGUUGGGUACUCCUUGGCUAACGGGAUUUUGUACAUGGUCAUGUCCUUGAUCGGAGUUCUUGCCCUGAUCCAGAGUUUUGUAAAUCGUGCCACGAUCGGACCCAUCAUUCUGUUCGUUGGUAUCAUGAUUAACGAAGAAGCGUUGAACUUUAUUCCUUCUCGGCAUUAUGCUGCUUACAUAGUUGGUUUAUUCCCGUCAAUAUACGAUUGGGUAGUGAACAUUUCCAACCGCUCUCCCUUGGAGGGCACAGCUGCUGAUGGAGGCUCUUACAAUACAGGUUUCCCUGGUGGAAGUGGUUGGAUUGGAGUUUUGGCGUGGAAGCGAGGAGCUCUUUUGGUUUCCAUGGUUUGGACUUCGAUGAUUGUCAUGGUAAUCGAUCGCAAGUGGACCAAGGCUCUGAUUUGGGCCCUCGUUGGAGCCGCGUUCUCUGUGUUUGGAAUUAUUCACAUGCCGGAA